CAUUAGUACAGUCACGAAUUUUCAAACAUGCUGAUGUUGAAUAUCCAUAAUUGUCUCACGACCCCGAUGUUGCUUUUCAUGUUCUAGAGAAUCCGGAUUGAAGAGGAGUCCAUUGCUGUUUCUGUUUAUGAGCUGCGUGUUUUGUUGGAUUAUAAAAUUGACAAUCAACCAUUAACGGUAUAUUCAACUGCUUUAGGACGCUGAACUUGGUAGUGAGAAAUGGAGAAGCAGAAAGUGAUGGAGAGAGAAAACAACAAAUGGGGUGUUUCCAGUUCAUCAAACGGUGGAGAAGACAAUGAUUUGGUUAGGGAUAUGAUGGAGGUCAUUGAAACAGUUGGAUCCUAUACUGGGUACAGGAGAACCCAGAGAAAAGAAUGCUUAAACUUGGCGAGGAGAUUGAAGCUGUUGGUACCUCUUUUGGAGGAGAUAAAGGAGAGUGUAAAGUUGGUUUCUAGUGAGGAUUUGAAUUGCCUGGUUAAUUUGAAGGAGGCACUUCAUGGUGCCAUGAAGUUGCUCAAGAAAUGUAGCUGUGGAAGCAAGAUUUGUCUGGCAUUGGAGUCUGAUGCAGUAAUGGGUAGAUUUCACGCUGUAUAUGACAAAUUAAAUCAGGCUAUGGAUGCUAUACCUUAUGAUGAGUUUGGGAUCUCAGUUGAAGUGAAAGAACAGAUUGUCUUGCUGAAGAAUAUGUUGAAAGAUGAUAGGGUUGAGCUAAUGCAUAUGCAACUUAAAAGAGCCAAGAGGCGAACGGACACACAGGAUAUAGAACUAGCAAUGGACAUAAUGGUUGUAUUCUCCAGAAAGGAUGACCGAACUGUAGAUAGUGCAAUACUGGAAAGACUGGCCAACAAGCUAGAACUACUUACUAUUCCAGACUUGAAAGCAGAAACAGUAGCUGUUAGACAAUUAAGUAUAGAGAAGGAUGUCCAGAAUGCUGAAAGCAUCUGGCAAAUAGCAAAUCUGCUAGGAAAACUCAAACAGAUUGCUGGGGUCCAUGAAGCCAUUGAGUUUGAUGGUCCUAUCUCUUCAAAAAGUCUUCACAGGAGUCGAUCUUUGCUAAUUCCACAUGAAUUCCUUUGCCCAAUUACUCUGGAGAUCAUGGUGGAUCCUGUUACUGUGGCAACAGGACAGACUUAUGAAAGAGAGAGCAUUCAGAGGUGGCUAAAUUCUAAUCAUAGGACCUGCCCAAAGACUGGACAAACUUUGGAUCACUUUUCUUUAGCACCCAAUUUUGCAAUCAGGAACCUUAUAUUACAAUGGUGUGAAGAAAAUAAUUUUGAACUGCCUAAAAAUGAUGCUUGCGUGGGAUGUGCUGGAUCUAAUGCUGAACUUAUAGAGAAAAUCACUUGCUUGGUUCAAAAUCUGUUCUGCACUGAGCUUGAUGUGAAGAGAGAGGCCAUUGCGAAGAUACGUAUGCUCUCUAAAGAGAAUCCAGAUAAUAGAAUUUUGAUUGGCAACAUUGGAGCAAUCCCUCCCUUGAUUCAUCUCUUGUCCUAUCAAGAUUCUGCAGUUCAAGAACAAACUGUAACAGCACUUUUGAACCUGUCUAUUGAUGAAGAAAACAAAAGAAUUAUAGCAAGAGAAGGAGCCAUUCCUGCUAUAAUAGAAAUCUUGCGAAAUGGAACAGAAGAAGCCAGAGAAAACUCUGCUGCAGCUUUGUUUAGCUUGUCAAUGCUUGAUGAGAACAAAGUACUGGUGGGGGCUUUGAAUGGAAUCCCUCCCUUGGUAAAUCUUUUGCAAAAUGGGACAAUCAGAGGUAGAAAGGAUGCUGCAACUGCACUCUUCAACUUAUCAUUGAACCAAACUAACAAGUUCAGGGCUAUUAAGGCUGGUAUCGUACCACCAUUGCUUCGUUUGCUCGAGGAUAAAAACCUAGGCAUGAUCGAUGAAGCUCUCUCGAUCUUGUUACUCCUUGCAUCACAUCCUGAAGGAAGGAAUGAAAUUGGAAGACUUGCUUUCAUAAGAACUCUUGUUGAAAUCAUAAGAAGUGGGACUCCCAAGAACAAGGAAUGUGCCACAUCGGUUCUUCUGGAGUUGGGGCUAAAUAAUUCAUCUUUUAUUUUGGCUGCACUACAAUAUGGUGUUUAUGAACAUCUGGUAGAUAUUGCAAGAUGUGGAACUAACAGAGCUCAAAGAAAAGCAAAUUCUCUUUUGCAGCACAUGAGUAAGUGUGAACAUAUUCCAUGAACUUAUACUAACUGUUGAUAGUAUUCUACAUACAAUGUAUCUAUUGAAAAACAGUAAAUAUGUACAUAUACUUCUAUAGUAAUUCUUGUUAUAAUUAUGAAGUUAAGGUAGAGUUUUCAA